CCCCGGGGUCGUGCCGGCGGCCCCCGCGCCCGGAGUUCUACCCGACCGCCCUGCGCGGCCCCGGCUUGCCUCCCCAGAGCGCCAUCCGUUGCGCCCCGCUCGCUGCUCCCCGGCACUCUCGGGGGGUCCGCCCGCCCUGCACCCUGGAGCACCGGGCCGCGAGCCUCUGCCAACUCCUCUGGAUCUUCGCGGCCGUGGGCAGAGGCUGCAGGGCCUGUCCGCCCGAGGGAGGACCCACACCGCUGCGUUUGCCCUGCCACUCUGGCUCUGCUGCUCACCCCUUGGGUAACACGGGCCUCCCGGGAACAUGGCAGACGAAGACCUCAUUUUCCGCCUGGAAGGUGUUGACGGCGGCCAGACCCCCCGGGCUGGUCAUGACGGUGACUCUGAGGCCAACAGCGAUGAUGAGGAAGGUUACUUCAUCUGCCCCAUCACCGAUGACCCCAGGUCUCACCAGAAUGGCAAUUUCAAGGUUAAUAGCUACUCCAGCAACCUAAUGAAGAGUGAACAGUAUGGCUCCAGCGGGUCCCCCGCAAGCUCCUUCCAUUUUAAGGAAGCUUGGAAGCAUGCAAUUGAGAAGGCCAAACACAUGCCCGACCCCUGGGCUGAGUUCCACCUGGAGGAUAUUGCCACGGAAUGUGCCACGCGUCACAGGUACAAUGCUGUCACCGGGGAGUGGCUACAAGAUGAGGUUCUGAUCAAGAUGGCGUCUCAGCCCUUCGGCCGUGGAGCGAUGCGGGAGUGCUUCAGAACGAAGAAGCUCUCCAACUUCCUGCACACUCAGCAGUGGAAGGGGGCCUCCAACUAUGUGGCAAAGCGCUACAUCGAGUCUGUGGACAGGGACGUGUACUUUGAGGAUGUGCGUCUACAGAUGGAGGCCAAGCUCUGGGGAGAGGAGUAUAAUCGGCACAAGCCCCCCAAACAGGUGGACAUCAUGCAGAUGUGCGUGGUGGAGCUGAGGGACAGACCCGGCAAGCCUCUCUUCCACCUGGAGCACUAUAUCGAGGGCAAGUACAUCAAGUACAACUCCAACUCGGGCUUCGUCCGUGAUGACAACAUGCGCCUGACACCACAGGCCUUCAGCCACUUCACGUUUGAGCGUUCUGGGCAUCAGCUGAUUGUGGUAGACAUCCAGGGUGUGGGCGACCUCUACACAGACCCGCAGAUCCACACCGAGAAGGGCACUGACUUUGGAGAUGGCAACCUAGGUGUCCGGGGGAUGGCGCUCUUCUUCUACUCUCAUGCCUGCAACCGGAUUUGCAAGAGCAUGGGCCUCACUCCCUUUGACCUCUCGCCAAGAGAGAGGGACGCCGUGAACCAGAACACCAAGCUGCUGCAAUCGGCCAAGACCAUCUUGAGGGGGACAGAGGAAAAGUGUGGGAGCCCCCGAGUAAGGACCCUCUCUGGGAGUCGCCCCCCACUGCUCCUUCGCCUUUCAGAGAACUCUGGAGAUGAGAACAUGAGCGACAUGACCUUUGACUCUCUCCCUUCUUCCCCGUCUUCGGCCACACCACACAGCCAGAAACUGGACCACCUCCAUUGGCCUGUGUUCAAUGACCUUGACAACAUGGCACCCCGAGACCACGACCAUCUGGACAACCACCGGGACUCUGAAAACAGUGGAGACAGUGGCUACCCCAGUGAGAAGCGGGGUGAACUGGAUGACCCAGAGCCCCGCGAACAUGGCCACUCAAACGGUAACCGGAGGUACGAGUCAGACGAAGACAGCCUGGGCAGCUCCGGACGGGUCUGCGUGGACAAGUGGAAUCUCCUUAACCCCUCCCGCCUCCACCUGCCGAGGCCUUCCGCCGUGGCCCUGGAAGUGCAGAGGCUUAAUGGUCUGGACCUUGAGAAGAAAAUCGGGAAGUCCAUUCUGGGGAAGGUGCAUCUGGCCAUGGCGCGCUACCAUGAGGGCGGGCGCUUCUGCGAGAAGGAUGAGGAGUGGGACCGCGAGUCAGCCGUCUUCCACCUGGAGCACGCAGCCGACCUGGGCGAGCUGGAGGCCAUUGUGGGUCUGGGGCUCAUGUGCUGCCAGCUGCCCCACCACAUCCUCGCCGAUGUCUCUCUGAAGGAAACAGAAGAGAAUAAAACCAAAGGAUUCGAAUACUUACUGAAGGCGGCUGAAGCUGGUGACAGACAGUCCAUGAUCCUGGUGGCUCGGGCUUUUGACACGGGCCAGAACCUCAGCCCAGACAGGUGCCAGGACUGGCCGGAGGCUCUGCACUGGUACAAUACUGCCCUGGAGAUGACGGACUGUGAUGAGGGCGGUGAGUACGACGGGAUGCAGGAUGAGCCUCGGUACACGCUGCUGGCCAGGGAGGCGGAGAUGCUGUUCACUGGCGGCUGCGGGCUCAAGAAGGACCCACAGAGAUCAGGCGACUUGUACACGCAGGCAGCCGAGGCAGCAAUGGAAGCCAUGAAGGGCCGGCUGGCCAACCAGUACUACCAGAAGGCGGAGGAGGCCUGGGCGCAGAUGGAGGAGUAGCUUGCCAGGAAAAUCCCGGCUGGCCAGUCCCAAGCAGAAGCGCUAAGACAGGAGGAAAAAAAGACUUACUGCCUUGCUUAGGGGGUGUUUGGAGGGGAGGGGCAAGUAUUUUUAGUGUGUUGUAAAUCAACUUUUGUAUUUCGUUGUCUGACUCUUGAAAAUGUCUUUGCUAUUAGCGAAGACACUGCAGUUGCCCCUUAGGGCAGCAUCUUGGGGAGCGGGGAUUGAAAAAGCCCCCCAAUUUUUAUUUUUAUUAUUAUUAUUUUUUUCAUGAGAUAUAAGAAUGUGCUUUUCUGCCAUGGGUUAAAAAUGGGGCUUUGGGCUUUGCUCGCCAGCUUUUUCAGGCUGAACUGAAAUGAAAUAUGGGGCCCACAGAACUUGUUUCCUGAGCUGUGAUGGGGAAGGUAGAGCUGCACUGUAGCUUUCCGUGGCGUGUGGAUUAUGUCUUAGUGCAGAGCCCUAUCUCUCAGAGCACUUGGGAGCACGCAUGGCAUCCUUCUGCAGAUAUGCGAUUGCACAGUACCCAGGCCCCCUUCCGCUCUUGGCAAAGGCCUACACACUGUUCACUAAUCUCUGCUCUUGACAAAGGCCUACACACUGACCGUUCACUAAUCUCAUUUAAUUUUCUUCCUAAAUGCAACUGAUUUUCUGGAAUACAGCCAAAUUCCAUCUUUCAGCAUGCUUUUUACAGUGGGCUUUAUAAAGCAGGUUU